AUGAGAGUGUUCAGUCUUUUUGCUAUUGUAGGUGGUUGUUCUGCAGUUAAGGACUACCUCUUCAAGGCAUGUGCCGACUCUGGAUUUUGUCGUCAGCAUGUGGACAAUGAUGGGGGUGGAGGUUAUUAUGUCCAAGAGGAGUCGCUUGAAUUAACCAAUGGAGUGCUACAUGGAGUGGUUUCUAAGGUACAGCCACACCAGGUACAGCUUCCAUUUGAGAUUAGCAUUGUUGAAAACAGUUUCAGGUUUCGAAUGGAUGAGCAGAGAGUGGUAGGCCAUAAGAGGUAUAACGAGGCGGCAAAGUGGGCAUUCAGCGAGAAUGCGCAGAUGGGCCAUCUCAAUUAUACAAGGCGGAAGACUUCAGUUGAUGUAAGUUAUGGUCAUCAUAAGAAGGUAGUUAUACAGAUGAACCCGGUGUUGUUCACUUUUUACUAUAGAGACCAAGUGCAGUUGGUGGUGAACGAGAAACAAUUGUUGCACAUGGGCCUAGAGCCGAUGGGCCUAGAGCCAAUGGGCAAAGAGCCAAUGGGCCAAGAAGCGAUUGGGCUUGACUUUACACUAAAAGGGUUUAGUCAUCUCUACGGAAUCCCAGAGCAUGCAGACACGAUGCUGUUGAAGGACACACUGGGAUCAGAGCCCUACAGGUUGUACAACGUGGAUAUCUUUGAGUACGAAGUAGAUUCGAGAUUGCCCAUGUACGGGUCUAUACCAUUACUAAUGGCAGUUAAGCGAGACGUGUCAAUUGCAAUAUUCUGGAUCAACAGCGCCGACACUUUUGUUGAUAUUCAUAAAGAGUCUAAUAACUCGAGCGUACACUGGAUGUCCGAGAAUGGAGUGAUGGACUUUAUAGUCAUCAUUGAGGACAAACCUCGCGAUGUCAACCGAGUUUAUGGGAGAAUCACAGGCAAUGUCAUGUUGCCACUCUUGGCCAGUUUAGGCUACCAUCAAUGCCGGUGGAACUACAAUGACAUCGAGGAUGUGCUUGAUGUGCACUCCAAAUUCGACGAGUAUCAAAUACCCUAUGAUAAUAUAUGGCUCGAUAUCGAGUACACCGAUAACAAGAAAUAUUUUACAUGGCAUCCUGAGAAUUUCAAUGAUCCCGGGAGGAUGUUGCAAGUGUUGAACAGAACAGGAAGAAACUUGGUGGUUAUCAUUGAUCCUCACAUCAAAACAGGAUACGAGGUUAGUCAAGGCCUCAUUGACAACGAUAUUGCAAUAAAAAACUCAAAAAACGAGGUUUACCAUGGCCACUGCUGGCCCGGUGAGUCUAUUUGGGUCGACACACUUCACCCUGCAAGUCAACCGUUUUGGAACAAACUUCACCAACGGUUUAUUCCUGACAAAUACCAAAACAUACUAUUUUGGAACGACAUGAAUGAGCCGUCUGUGUUUGAUGGGCCAGAAACAACUAUGCCAAAGGACAACAUCCACUACGGACAAUGGGAACACCGCAGUGUCCACAAUCUCUACGGACUAACAAUGCACGAAGCAACUUACAAGCUGCUCCUCAAUAAGCAGCAAAGGCCGUUUAUAUUAACACGGUCCUUUUUUGCAGGAAGCCAGCGCACAGCGGCAAUGUGGACUGGAGACAACAUGUCGCGGUGGGAGUACUUGAAAGUAUCGAUUCCCAUGAUUCUCACGAUGAAUAUUGCCGGCAUGCCGUUUGCAGGAGCAGACGUUGGAGGCUUUUUUGGUGAUCCAUCGGCCGAGUUGUUGACCAGGUGGUACCAAGCCGGGGUCUGGUACCCGUUCUUUAGAGGUCAUGCACAUAUAGACUCUAGAAGGAGAGAGCCGUGGUUGGCAGGAGACCCUUAUAUUGGCCAUAUCAGAGAUGCAAUACGAUUGAGAUAUGCGAUGAUGCCUGUUUUCUACACCAGUUUCUACGAAGCCUCUGUGAACGGCACACCUGUUAUAAAGCCUGUGUUUUAUGAGUACCACCACCACAAAAAGGCGUUGGACAUUGAGGAUGAGUUUUUCCUUGGGGACUCAGGGGUAUUGGUGAAGCCGGUGACUGAUGAAGGUGCUACAACCGUGACUUUCAGUAGUGUUGAGUGGGGUGAUACGUUUUACAGUUUUACCAAUGGCGUCAUUGGGGAAAAAGUAGAGAGUUUGGCUGGUGGUGGUGGUAGUGCUGCUGCUGCUGUUACUCUUGGGGAUAUUCCUAUGCUACUCAAGGGCGGCUCGAUUGUGCCCAUGAAGAUGCGGUACAGGAGGUCUACAAAGUUGAUGCGGUAUGAUCCGUACACCUUGGUAGUGGCGCUCGAUAAAGAAAACAGAGCCAAAGGCACGUUAUACGUGGAUGAUGGCGAGACCAUAAACGGAGAGUACACAUAUAUCACGAUAGAGGCAGAUGCAAGCGGGUUAAGACUGUCGUCUGCGAUUAACGUUGAAAAGGUGAUAAUUGUAGGAGGUAGCACCAUUAAUGGGGUAAGUUCAGGAAAUCUCAAGCAAGAAGGUGGAAGAGCAGUUAUCACCAAUGCCACGCUCCCAAUAUAUUUUGUCGUGUAA